AGCGCCAUCCCAUUGCGGCAUCUCGAAACUACCGUAAUGAUGAGAGAUCAGAGAGAAUUAACCUUCCCUGGCCAAUGAAACCAAUCCUUCAAAUUGACCCCAUCAACUCGCGUAACCCGCUUACCCUUCCCGCAAGACGUCACACACGUUCUCAGAAAUACUGCUGGAGGAACACAACAGAGAAACAACCCCCUUCCCCCCGAACCUCACCCAACCAACCAACCAUCCACCAUCCCCUUGCCUGGAUUUCCCCAUUUGAAAUAUUGCCUCAGACCCCGCAAGCAAUACGGGGGAACGGUACGGUAGCUACAGUACAGAGUUCCACCGUGGAUAUAAUCCUUCCUGUUCACCUUUUCUCCCCCCCCAAAAAAAAAAUCCCAACCUCGCGUGCCUGAUCCGGCAAAUAUCAAAAAGUAAAUAAAUAAAUCCCCAUCCGCCCUCUUUCAGCCUCGCCCACGAACUCCCCCUUCCCCAUCCCCCAACCCUACCUACGUCUCCAUACUAUUCCCACCUACCGGUAUUCAUCCACCAUAUCAUACCAAAAAUGUCCACCAGAAAGCGUAAGCAAGAAGUCGCUGCUGGAGAAGGCGAGGAGGAGGAGGAACUGCAAGCUCUCCCAUCUGAUGAAUCGGAGGAGGAGGAAGAGUGAAUUCCCCCUCCCCUUUGUUCCAUCCCACCCUUUCUUUCCCUCGUGCUAAAAAAAAAGCGAGGAUAGGUAUGUAGACUCCGAGCCUGAAGAUUCCGGUGCCGAAGAGGAGGAAGAGGAAGAAGAGGUUGAGGAGGUCGAUGAAGAAGAGGAGGAAGAUGCUGCUGAAGCCUCGAAACCAAAGAGGCGCAAAUUGGAGAAGGACGCUGAGGAUGAGGCGGAGGGCGAAGGAGAGGAGGAAAAGGAGGAUGGUAAGCUACUCACUCCUCUUAACUUCCACCUUCACCUAGCGCUCAAUGGCUAACAACAAUAGAACCCAAAGACGACAAGGAGGGAGCGGAGGCCGAGGCAGAAGUUGGAGCUGAGCCAAAAACUGAGGCGGAGGGGGCGAAAGACUGAGGAAGAGAAAUAAGUGAUUCCCCAUUCCCUAUGCAACUGCUUCUUGAAGCAAGGACUGAUUGAUAUUCAACCCAGUUUUCCCCACUACCUUUUCCUCCCCCUAAGAUCAAUUGACGUUCGGGAUAUCAUCUGCCAUGUGUACUUCUACUCUACUAUAUUUUGUCAUUUUCCCACAGAAAAAAAACAUUUUCGGGAAAGGAAAGGGGUAAACAGGAACAAGCUUCCUUUGCCCAUCCAACUGAAAACAUAAAUCUCGAGAAGCGCGCGUUUUUGAUAACUUCACGGUUUUAUUGAUUGAGCUUGAUAACCCACUCUUGUUCCAUUGCCUUGCGUUGCAUCACAAAAAUCCGUUUUGGGAAUGGAAUAAUUAGUAAUAAGUCAUCUCGUUGC